AUGGCUUCUAUCUUUGCCGACUUCAAGGCAGCGCACMCCCUCCAGUCGGGACCCAUCCUGGCCGCUGCCCUCMCCCCAGCCGCCACACCAGAAGAUCCCCAUCGCUUACUGGACUUUGUCCGCGUCACAAACAGCGCCAACUCCGAGGGUGAUAUCCGGCAUCAUCUCCUCUACGACAGACAGACAGGCGUCAAACUCACUAAACAGCAAGGAAAUGCCUGGGUUAGCGUCGUCAACGCCUUCUGGGUCACUGCUGCUGAGCUUGUCAAGAUCGAGGAAUACUCCUCACGGGGUAGUUGGUUAAAGGUCUUUGAGACGUGGAAGGAAUUUGUGAAUCAACUUAUCAGAGGUUACUCGAAUAACCAUUUCCAGUCGUGGACGAUACCUUGUCUGUAUGUUGCGGGAAAGUACCUGCGCGCUUUUGCGAUCAAGGCGGAUGCUUCGGAUGCAUCUCAGAGUACGGCUGGUUUUGGCAAUGGAUUUCAGGAUGAUGUGGUCUCGAAUGCGGAGAAGAAUGCCAAUCUUGAGGAUGCGGCGCGAACUAUUAAUCGAAUGUUUACUUUGUGUCUUGGUGACCGAGCACCUAUUGAGGAGUCACGGAAGUGGGGAAUAUACGAGACUACGAACCUUUUAUUCAAAACAUACUUCAGGUUGAACCAAGUCGGGCUGUCGAAAAGUGUCCUCCGUGCUUUGGAUGCGUCAUCAGCAGACAUCCCACAACCUUUUCAAUUCCCAAAAUCUCAUAUCGUGACGUUCAACUAUUACGUUGGACUCAUCAACUUUCUAGAAGAGAACUACAAAGAGGCCGAAGAACAUCUUACACAAGCAUGGCUCAUGUGCAAAACAGACGCCUUAAAGAAUAAAGAAUUAAUCCUAACAUAUCUAAUACCUUGCCAUCUCGUCACCACCCACCGCCUCCCCAGCAAACAACUACUUGCUCCCUUCCCACGCCUAGAGCGUCUCCUCCGCCCUCUAUGUGACUGCAUCCGACAAGGCAACCUCGGCGGCUUCGACGCCGCCAUGUCCGCCGGCGCCGACGCAUUUGUCAAACGCCGCAUCUACCUACCCCUUGAACGAGGUCGCGAUCUUGCGCUACGCAACCUAUUCCGGAAAGUCUUCGUCGCCGGAGGUUACGAGCCUGCCACCACAAAUGCAGAUUCUGUGCCGAUUCGUAGAACGCGUAUUCCGCUGACGGAGUUUGCGGCUGCAUUAAGGAUUGGGAAUCAGGCUGAUGAGAAGGCGAGAGUUGAUAUGGAUGAGGUGGAGUGUUUGUUGGCUAAUAUGAUUUACAAAAAUAUGAUGAAGGGCUAUAUUUCACGAGAACGUGCUAUGGUUGUGCUGAGCAAGUCUGGCGCAUUUCCUGGAACGGGGGUGUGA